AUGGAAAAUAUGGAAGACAGCGGGAUAGACAGUGAUCAGAGAUCACACAAUGGCUACCAGUCAGUUCCAUCUAAACCAGCUUCAUAUAAAGCCUUGAAGAAACCAUCAGAGCUGCAGAAAAAGAUAGAGCGGCAGCGAGAUAUGGCAAGGCGGUCCACAUCAGUACCUGUUGAACAGCAGCCAAAGAAAAGCAGUUUUGUGCCUCGAUCAAGGCUUACAGUACCUAGCAGCCACACACGACUGACACAGAAAGAUAUGAACUUGACAAGCACAUCCACAGACCAGCAACCUCUUGUAGCAAUUAUGUCAGAUGAAAGUGAGGAGGAUGAAUUUGAUAUACUACGUUUGCCUAAAGCUGCCCACAAAGAGAUUACAGAACAGUUAAUCAAAGAUGGCUACAACCUUGACCUAGAACCGGAUGAUGAAGACCUUGACCUUAUACCACCAAGACCUUUGAAAGAAAGGUGUUCUUGCUGUACCUUGCCUGUUGGUUGCCUAAUUCAGUGA